UGGCCGAGUACGAUUUCGACAUUUUAAUCAAAGAGCCCCAAAAGAUUUUCAGCUUUUGUCAAAAAAUAACGACCAUCAUGUACGCUCUCUCCUUCAUUUUUGCUCUCUGGAGAAGGGAAUCUUUUUCCAAUUUCUUGAACGUCCUACGAAGUGAUGACAUCCGGAAACAAGGGACACACUCGACACCUGCCGCGCUAAAAUAUUGGGUUGAAGCCUUAUCCAUAACGAUGUGCUCCCUGUACAUAUUUUGGCCUACUAUUUGGCUCCUCGGAGGCGAGGGUAGGGUUGACUUUUACGCCGUGAAGUUCAAACCUCUCUACGAAAUGUACUUGUUGGACGCACGUCGCGUCUUCUUUCUCAAAGACGUCAUCACCUUUUCGCCCAACUCGACGAAGGUGGAGCACAUGGGUCCGUUUGACCACACGGUAACCGUAUUUUACCUGGCGAUGGAAUUUUGGUACUUUUUCCUCACCUUUUACACCGAGCUGCUCCAACUCUUCAUGUCGUUCACGUUGUCGAGAGUGACAGCUAAUUUCGUGUCGGACUUGAGGCGAAACAAAGGGAUGGAUAAGGACACGGUGGAAGGGAUUUUGAGACACUAUGCGGCCCUUAAAAGGCUGGGAAAUCAUGCCAAUGCGGCGGUCGGAAGGGUCACCCUGUUUCAAAUGAUUGAUUCCUUGCUCUACUUGCCGUUAGGGAUUUCAAAUUCGUUAACUGGGAUUAAUUGGUUUACAAGGUUGAACUAUAUUUUCUUUAUAUGUUCCUUCUUCUUGUUUACGAUGCAUGCGGCAAGUUCGCCCUUGAAGAUCCAAGCCAUGAGAAAUUGGCUGCAAAAAGUUGUCAACUCGACGGGUGACAAGUACAUCUCGCAGAGCAAUGUAGCCUUGUACUUGGACGAGUUAAGUAAUCAUCCCGUCGGAUUUCGGGGAGAAGGAAUGUUCACCAUAACGUUCGGCUUGGUUGGAUCGAUGGCCAGCAUAAUGAUUACUCAUUCGUUUAUACUGCUGCAAUUUGGAACGGUUGGCUUAAACGGUAAACAGGCGACUACUUAAGCUCUUGCAAAUAUACUUAUGUAAUUAAUUUUCUAGUACAUAGUAAGGUUUUUGUAAAAAUGUAUUUAUCAAUAUUCUGUAUAGAAAAUUUAAGUGUCAAAUUCGCAAUAGUUUUUAAUGUAUUGCCAUAAAUCGUUGUAAUGGGCAUACUCACGUCAACAUUUUUUGCAUUGUAACUUGUUUGUCAGUUUAGGAAAUAAUCAUACUGCGUCAACAUAAUUUGCACAGUGUGAGAUUUCGCAAACUGAAGUUCCGGUUAUCAAAUUGCUAUGUUUAAUCUGAGGGCUAUGCAAAACGCUGUCAUGAGUACGCCCAUUGAAUCUAAUGAAUUAUUGGGGUGAUUCCUAUGGGUGAUUCGUAAAUGAUCAUUAAUGGACCACCCCAAUUAAGUAUGUAUGUGUACGUGUUA